UCACCAAAGAUAGAGCGUAUAAAUACCGGCCCAUUUCUUUUAGAUAUUUUAUCCUCUCCACAUCGGCGCAUAUGAACAGGAUCAACAUGAACUAUCUUACCUUUGCCCUUUCGACCUUCGCCUUUCUCGUGACCCUUGACUGCUGUCUUGGGAACGGUUAUGGUGGCUAUGGUGGAUAUGGAGGGGGAUAUGACAUGUAUGGAGGCUAUGGAGGUUACGGCGGAUACGGAGGGGGAUACGGCGGGUCCGGAGGGGGAUAUGGCCAGGGAUAUGGAAAAGGAUAUGGAGGGGGAUAUGGACAAGGAUACGGUGGGGGAUAUGGACAUGGAUACGGCGGGAAAGGUUAUGGCAUGCCCCAACAGGCAUUGUACAUCCCCUAUCCUAUGCCAGUAGGUCCCGCUCCAGGUGCUGUCGCGGGAGCCUACGCAGCCGGAGAUGACAAUUCCCUCCUUCUGUUUGGAGGUGCCGCCUUGCUUCUGCUGCUGUUGAGUAACAACAAUAUUGGAUAAGUCACCACUUAAAUCUCGAUCUACAACGGAUUACAGACCUGAUUCUCAUUUUUGUGCGCAAGACUCCUUGGCUGUAACCAAAGACCCCUGUGUGUUUCCUGUUUUACCUUAUAUUGGUUCUUUAAUAAAGCAUGGUUAUUUA